CAGCAGCCACCGCAGUGGAUAUAAAUAACAUUUACUCGAUUUGGUUUAAUUGGUAACGAAAAGACAAACCCAUCGUCGAAUUUAAUGUAGCGUCCGUGCUGCGGUCUGUUCCCUUGACCAGCAACCCACCAACCGGCUGCGGUUGAGCGGUUGUAGUUCCGGCGUGAUAAAAGUAGUGCUCCCCCCGCGAAUCCCUUGCAUCUGUCCCAUUCCUCCGAUUGCAGGCCCCAUUGUUCGUUGUGGAAGAAAAUCACGAUGAGCUGGUUUGCGCCACGAUAGAUAAAACGAGUGUUUGCUGCAUCGACUGAAACUGUACCAUCGCCAGCACAGCAAAUCGGGAGCACGGCUCUUUUCGCCCGCAUUUGCCCCUUUCCCCCCGAUAGAAGUACAGCGGGAACGAUGGACGCCAAAAUAGAACAUGUAUCGGUCAUUCUUCCCGUCAGCAACGAUCCAUUGAUAGUUGGCAAUGUUAGCUCUAGGAAAAGCUUAAAACGGCACUGGAAUCAGCUGUCCCGGUUCCAGAAGAAUUUAGCGUGCAUUUUAUUAGCCGGCAUGUGCAUUUUUUACGUCAUAUUUUUCGUGCUACCGUUCAACGAUCCGUCCCGCAGCUCCGAGGUGAUCGAUCCGAUGGAGCACAUACAGAUAGCACCAUUCAAGGAACGGCAUGAGCGAUUAGCUUCCCCCGUCGUGAAAGAGAUCAAGCUCACCGACAGUCUGGCAAAUCCUCCGACGGAAGAGGCACUUGCAAAGCCGGUAGUCCAACAGGCAGAAGCAAACCUUAUGCAGCUAGAGGUUGUUCACCAGGAACCGAAAGAGAUUGUUGACAACGAGGAAAACGUAUUGGAGGAAAAUCGACGUGCGCCGCUCGCUGGUGCUAAAGACUUUAAGGGCCCAACAAACGACAGACAGCGGGCCGUGGUUGAUGCCGUACUGCAUUCUUGGAAAGGGUACAAGGAGUACGCCUGGGGGCACGAUAAUUUAAAGCCCAUCUCGAUGGGGUACUCUGACUGGUUUGGGCUCGGCCUUACUCUGGUCGAUUCCCUCGAUACGCUCUACAUUAUGGAUUUGCAGGACGAGUACGAUGAAGCACGGGCUUGGGUCGAGAAGUACUUAAAGUUUGACAUUAACCGUGAAGUCAACUUGUUUGAAGUAACCAUCCGUGUCGUUGGUGGGCUGUUGAGUGCGUACCAUCUGAGCGGCGAUCGUAUGUUUCUCGACAAGGCCAUCGAUCUCGGCAAUCGGUUGUUGCCGUGCUUCGAUUCACCGUCGGGCAUUCCGUUUUCGGACGUGAACAUUGGAUCGCUUGCCGCACAUGCGCCUAAAUGGUCGCCAGACAGUUCCACGAGCGAGGUAACGACCAUCCAGCUGGAAUUCCGCGACUUGUCCCGUGCCUCCCAGAAUCCCGUCUUCGAAAAGGUGGCUUCGAGAGUGAAUCUUAAAAUACACGAGCUAGAUAAAAACGAAGGUUUGGUGCCUAUCUUCAUCAACGCUAACACAGGCCAGUUUCGCAAUUUUGCAACGGUUUCGUUGGGAGCGCGCGCCGACUCGUACUACGAGUAUCUGCUGAAACAGUGGCUUCAGACGGGCAAAAAGGCCGAUGACUAUCUUAUCGAAGACUAUCAAAAGUCGAUGCGAGGCGUUCUGAAUCAGCUCGUGCGAACAACUCCGAACGAAAAGCAUGUCUACAUCGGCGAAUUGCUCAAUGGGAAGGACUUCAAGCCCAAGAUGGACCAUCUCACGUGUUACCUUCCCGGCACGCUGCUGCUCGGCUACAAGAACGGAAUGCCUAAGACGCAUCUGCGACUGGCAACCGAUCUACUGGAAACGUGCUAUCAAACGUACAUGAAGCAACCGACCCAGCUAGCACCGGAAAUAUCGUACUUCAACGUGAACGGCGAAUCCGAGACGGACAUCUACGUGAAGACGAACGAUGCGCACAAUCUGCUGCGACCGGAGUUUGUCGAAAGUCUGUACUAUUUCUACGCCAUCACUGGCAACCGAACGUAUCAGGACAUGGGUUGGACGAUCUUUGAAGCGUUCAAUCGCUACACCAAGGUAAAGAACGGCUACACUUCGAUCGGUAACGUGAAAAACCCGCUCAACACGCGGCCCCGCGAUAUGAUGGAAAGCUUCUGGCUGGGCGAAACGCUCAAGUACUUCUACCUGCUGUUCAGCGACGAUCGGAACGAGAUCGAUCUCGACAAGUACGUGUUCAAUUCCGAGGCUCAUCUGCUUCCGAUAAGGGACGAUUAAUGAGCACGAAGUGAUUGCUUUCCGGUACAUUGGUAUACACGAGGUCGAGUUUUAUCUAUUUUUAACUAAGUUUACAAAAAUGUCGCUGACAGACGGCGUUGUACGGCGAUCAGUAAAGGGACAGCCUUCGCGAAAGAGUAAAACAGACUUCCCGAAGCAAACGAUAUUUAUUAGUUAGUGAAAGAUCUACAUUGCGAUCCCUUUCGAUACGUACUAGCAAAAUGGGCGGGAUUAAGUGUAAGUUUUGAUUCUGUGUGUUGAUAUCCCCAGGCAAAGGAUAGCACCUAACGAACUGCGGACGAUUGAGAAGAUCGAUUGAGCGCUGUUGCUGACAGCUAUUUCUGUGUAAAUAAGUGUACGAGGAUUUUAGAUAUCGAAACUAGCGUUUCCUACGGCUGUAGUAGCCAAAGGGUCCUUGAUCCUUGAUUGAAUGUUACCAAAAAUGCAGCCGGCGGCGAUUAGAGCUACGCCGAUUUGUACGCCUUGCACAUACGAGAACACAUUCCCGAGCACGUUUCUUUUUUCUUUCUGUUUCUCCAAUCAUUUCAAAACGUUUCCUCUCAACACCCGCACGCCCUUCUGUCUCCACUAUUAGUCGUCCCGGUUUUUCCUCUUUCCUAGGGUUUCCAAUAAGGGGGAAAAGUAAUGAUAAUAUACUAGCGAAUGGAAGUGGCAUACCAGCGCCAAUUUCACGUCGUAAAAUAAUCGAAGGAUUUAAAAACAAAAACAAAAUACUAGAGCUAGUGAUAGGAAUGAUUCGGUUGAUGAUUCCUUACUCUCUUUCGUGUACACUGUUUUCUAGUCCCUCGGUGGUAAUGUAGCAAAAGAAAGUUAAACUCAAUGAAGAACCGAAAGCGGGAAGAGAUAGAAUGGAUUCGGUCGAGACUUAGACACACAAAUACAAACUCUUAUAGAUGGUUAAAUGAUACAAUCAUGAUUUUUUCCUUAAGAUUAGCGGUUAAAUAUUAUCUACUGUCUCAAAUUAAUGGUCUUGAUCAGAAUUUUAGAAAAUGCGAAUGAGUAAGAAAAUGGAUCGGAAUAAACAAUCGAUAUGACCUGAGAAUAAA